AAUUAUUUUGUUUCGCUAGCCAAGGCAAGCCAGACUCAAUCCUUGUACUUUCGAAUCGGCGUCUGCAUGUUUAGUUGUAUUGGUUGUGUUCUAUGCAGUCUAGUUUAGGCGGUUUUAGUUUAAUGAUUCAAGUGAGUGAUUGGAAGUGCUUCGUCCUGUGUUUGCGUCGGUUUCUGUUCUAGUGGGCGUGGUCAGCAUGCGACCUUACGCAUCACUCAACACCGAGUCCGAGUCAUGCAUGCGUGGUCGAUGGUACCAGAAUCCACUGUUCAAGCGCUACUGGCAUCACUAUCACAACACGCUAAUCUGGUUUCAACAUCACCAGCAACUUUUGCGUGAUGUCGCCGCCCAAAGCGCAGCGUCGAGUGAUUGUGACGCCUAUAUUGAGAGGAGGCCCCUUCAAACUUGCCAAGAACUGUGCGCAUAUGAAACUACGACCAAGUAUUCACUACGUAAACAACGACUUCAGGUACCUGCCACAAGGACAGUGCAGGUUUCGCAAGCAGGGCAGGAUUAUCGCUUUGAGACGCCCGAGGAUGGUGACUUUGAGAUGCCAGUAACUGAAGAGCUGAUUGCUUUCUUUGAGCAAAGUGCACGGCAUCGUAAAAGUCUUGGUAACUCUGGGGUCGAGCAGGAGCUUCAGUGGGGGCAAACAGUGGCUUCGGCCUCCUGCCGGCACCACGUGCAGCUGUACGGGCCGGCUGCCGCAGCCGCAGUGCGAGGCAUGGAGACCGCCAUGCAGCUCUCCUUCGAACACUUCACUGACAGCCAGCAACCCAAACCCUGGCCCAACAUCCCGCUCAAGCUCUGACGUUGCCAAUAAACGACAGUCAUGCUGGAAAUGA